AUGGGUGUCUUCGAUGUCAUUCGGGGUCGCAAGGACAGCCACAUCGUCGAGGACCUGGGCUACUCGGAGAGCCAUGAGCCCAAGAACCUAGGCGAUGGGCCAGAGACCCCCCCGACGGAUAGCGAUAUCAGACUCAGCUUGGAGGAACGUAAUGAGAGGAAUGUCCAGCUGCAUCCCGACGAGGUCACCAAGGAGGCUCAUCUGGGUGUGCAAAAAGCCGAGGCGUCGGCUAUAGUCUGGACUAAGCCCGCGCUGUUUGGGACUUAUGCUUGGAUCUGGGUUUGUUUCUUCAUGCUGGCCUUCCACUCCUCCAUCAACAGCAACGUCAUCAACAAAGCCUACAGCAGCUUCUCAUCCGCCCCCCAAAUCAGUACCUCCAACAUCCUGUACAGUAUCAUCGGUGGUGUACUGAAACUCCCCAUCGCCAAGACCAUCAACAUCUGGGGUCGUGCUGAGGGUUACCUGGUUUUCCUCGGUGUCUACGUUCUGGGUCUGAUUAUCCUGGCCGCUUGCAACAACCCCGACUCCUACGCCGCCGGUUACGUGCUGUACUGGAUUGGAUACGAUGCCAUUUACCUGAUCCUGCAGAUUUUCGUCGCUGAUACCUCCGGUCUGCGGAACCGUGCUUUUGCGUUCGCCUUUGCUAGCACGCCUUUUAUCUGCACUGCUUUUGUUGGUCCGCGGGCGGCUGAGUCGUUUAUCAACAUGACGAGCUGGCGUUGGGCGUAUGGUGCAUUUACCAUCAUCCAGCCUUUCGUCUUUGCGCCGCUGGCCUUCGUCUUCAAGUACUAUGAGAAAAAGGCAGAGAGAAUGGGUUUGUACAAGCGUGAGCCCAGUGGUCGGACCCUCUCGCAGUCUAUUGUCCACUAUAUCCAUGAAUUCGACAUCAUCGGUGCAUUCCUGUUGAUGGCCGCUUGGGUCCUCCUCCUCCUUCCCUUUGGUCUGCAGCAAUAUGGCCGCUCCACAUACAGCAGCCCUACCUUCAUCGCCAUGAUUGUCGUCGGAUUCUGCCUGAUGUUUGUCUUCGCCGCCUGGGAGAAAUGGGGUACUCGCGUGCACUUCGUCCAAUACGAACUCCUCAAGAAGCGCACCGUUCUUGGCGCCUGCUGUCUCUCCGCCGUCACCUACUUCAGUUUCUACUGCUGGGAUCUGUACUACUACAACUUCUGCCUGGUCGUCUACGACCUCUCCAUCACCCUCGCCGGCUACAUGGGCCAGAUCUACAACGUCGGCUCUUGCUUCUGGGGUGUCGUCUUCGGUCUCUGGGUCCGCUACACCAAGACCUUCAAGAACACCUGUCUCUUCUUCGGUCUUCCCCUCCUCAUCCUAGGUGCCGGUCUCAUGAUUCACUUCCGUGGCCAAGGUGACCACAGCGACAUCGGCUACGUGAUCAUGUCCCAGAUCUUCAUCGCUUUCGGCGGCGGCACCCUCGUCAUCGGCGCCGACAUGGCCGUCAUGGCCUCCGCCGACCGCGAAGGUGUCCCCAUGAUGCUCGCGCUACUGGGUCUCUUCAACAGCCUUGGCGGCUCUGUUGGCUACGCUGUCGCCGCCGCCAUCUACGCCAACACCUUCCCCGGCGCACUGCUCUCGAACCUCCCCGAGUCCACCAAGUCCAAGUUCAACGACCUCUACACGACCGGUUACACCGAGCAGAUGAAGUACCCGCCUGGCGAUCCUACACGUGAAGCCGCGAACCUGGCCUGGAGUACGAGUCAGUACUACGGAGCUAUCGCUGCGACGGCGUUCUUAGGACUCGCGAUUCCUUGUAUCGCGGUGUGGAAGAACUACCGUGUUGACAAGAAGCAGAACAAGGGUGUUGUUAUUUAA